GAAAUUAAAUGAAAGUCAAGAUCUCAUAGAGAACGACGUCUAUCCUAUAGGCAUCCAAUUUUCCAAAUUAAAUUUUUCGUUAUGAAUUCUCAAUUACCUUCACAUAAUAUUGAGCUGAGUAAAAAGAAACCCAGCUCGGACGUUGAGCGCAUACCUUCCGAUGGACCACGGAAUCCUCGCGAUCGUAAAGAAGGGAAAAGAUAUAUAAAAACAACUGAGGAUCAAUCUAAGUCAACUUUUGAAAUUAUUGGCACUGCAUUGUCAUGGUUUAUGGUGAUAAUCACUUUUCCCAUCUCAAUAUUUAUAUGUUAUUUUCGAGUAGACGAAUAUGAUCGAGCUAUAAUAUUUCGUCUCGGUCGCGUUAGAAAAAAUGCUCGAGGACCAGGCUUGGUCUGGCAUUUGCCAUGCAUUGAUAGUUACCGACUGGUGGAUCUUCGUACCAGGGUGGAAGUGAUACCCUCUCAGGAUGCGAUUACUAAGGACUCAGUAACUAUUAGUAUCGAUGCUGUUCUUUUCUAUUGUAUUAAGGACUCGAUGCAUGCCACAAUUCAGAUCUCAAAUGUUCACGAAUCAACUUUGUUUAUUGCACAGACAACAUUGAGGAAUAUGGUUGGGUCCUUGACACUGCAUGAGUUGCUCAUAUCCAGACAAAUAUUGUCUGAGAAGAUAACAAUUGCUGUUGAUCACGCAACCGAAAAGUGGGGAGUCAAAAUUGAAAGAGUUGAAUUGAAAGAUAUUAGUUUACCGGAAAGUCUUGAGAGAUCAUUGGCCAGUGAGGCAGAGGCGUUAAGAGAUGCUCGGGCUAAAAUUAUACUAGCAGAGGGAGAACUGAAUGCAUCGAAGGCCUUAAAGGAAGCUUCCGAUGUAAUGGCGGAAAACAAAAUUGCUCUUCAAUUAAGGCAUUUGCAGAUCUUAUCUUCGAUUGCUCAAGAACGCAACGUUAAGAUCUUGUAUCCUUUCCCUUUGGAAAUGAUGAAGCCUUUUGAGAACAGUAAUAGAAAGAAAGGUGGUGCAGCUGUGGGCUUUGGCUCAAUUUUUCCUAUAUUGAGCUCCCGUGAGCAUAAUUUACCCAAGGAACAAGCUAAUAAUAAUAAAACGAAUAGCGAUGAAGCUCCUAUAUCCAGCUCAGCGUUGUGCCUGGCCUCUAAUAUUAGGGAAAAUAUAAAAGACUCUUCAGAGUCAUAGGUUUUUAUGGUUGAUAUUAAUUCUUGCUUAGAUUUUUAAAUCUUUUUGUUAGAAUUGAUUUACAAAAUGUUUUUUAUGAAAUCGAACUAUAAUUACUAAUCAUAUUUCAU